GCCACGGAGAAGUGCAGCAGUGGCUGGGUGUACCCCACAGCACAGCAGCCAUCCUUGCUCACCGAGUUUGACCUCGUGUGUGACAGGAAGAACCUGAAUGACAUCUCACAGUCUGUCUAUAUGCUGGGAAUGUUCCUGGGAGCCCUGAUCUUUGGACUCCUCAGUGACAGGUUUGGCCGUCGGCCAGUCCUCUUGAUCUCCAUCCUCCUCGAGGGCUUGUUUGGUGUAGGAAUUGCCCUUGUGCCUCAUUUCUAUGUAUACUUGGCCUUCAGAUGUGUCGUGGGGGCUUCAGUGUCAGGGAUCAUGAUGACCUUGCUGGCACUAGCUACAGAAUGGGUUGGUGUCUCCUAUCGACCACAGGCAGUUCUUCUGUCUCACUGCUGUUUUGCUGUUGGACAAAUGAUUUUGGCUGGCUUGAGUUAUGGUAUUCGUAACUGGAGGUUGCUGCAAAUUGUAGGAUCUGCUCCUAUAUUUAUCCUUUUCCUCUUCAUCUGGGUGCUACCAGAGUCAGCUCGCUGGCUGGUGGCAAAAGGCAAAAUAGAAGAAGCUAAGAAGUACCUUAAGAAGGCAGCAUCUGUCAACAAACGCACCAUUCCUGCAGCACUGCUCGACCAGGUACCAGCAAUGGCAUGGCUUGUUGACCCCAGGGGCUGCCUCUGUGCUUGCAGCCCAGGGGCAGCGUGAUUAGGCCAGUAAAUAAAGACCUGGGAAGAAGCUGGUGUUUCCAAUUCAGAAAAGAUUUGUAGAAGAUUUUAGGGUGGGGGUCAUUUGGUAAAGAGCUUUCCACGUACGCUGGGGACCGUUUAAUGAUGGGUGAUGAAUAACUCUAGCUUAAGUUGACACGAGACAAGGUCAGGGAGGAGGCACAGCUUCUGCUGAGGCUCAGCC